GCCAUGCGUUUUUGUUUUUCACUGAUGUAAAAAAAAAGUUUAUUCAAAAUAAAAACAACGGCGUUCCCCGUGAGCUGCUGUGAACAUUACGUAGGUAAUAAGUUUUUUUUCUUUUUUGCUCAUUAUGCGCUGCUUUAAUUUGGUGAGAAAAGUUAUGACGUGAAUUUAUUUGCAUUUGUCGUAAUGAGUAGCUAGUUGAAAACAACUAUACUGAAAAAGAAAUUAUGAGUGUGUUAAAAACUACACAUGUUUAAAUGUUGUUUAUAGAAAUAAAAUAUUAAAUAUUGAUCUUCCAGAAUUAUGGAUAUCAUACUUUAUGCAGAAAUUUAGCAUCGUUUUUCGAUAAUACUAUACUAUAUCAAUAAAAAAAUUUUACAAACUGUGUGUUAAAUUUAAUUUUUUAAAGCAAAGAAAAAAAAUCAUUUUAAUUAUGAUGUAGUCCUCAGGCAUUUCCUGUAAUUAACUCGAUCAUUCGGAAAAAUAUCACUGAGCGCAGGUACCCGUAACCGUGAACUACAGACUGACCAAUGGUAAGCGAGGGCAGAGGUGUCAAUGCGCAUGUACUGAGUAUAUAUUGCACAUCGAUGCUCUACACUGCAUUCCAAACGAGGUAAAAAUAGUUUAUAAGAUCAGACUUCUUAAUCAAGUCAUUAACUCAUCAGAAAUGUCUUCGAACGUUUCCCUUAUGACCACAAUUAAAAUCGAGGAAGAGGAUAGCGGUGUAUAUGACGUGAAUUCAUCAUGUGACUUAUCUACGUCAUCUAACUCUUCGGAAUCCCGAGUCCCUGAUGAAAUUCGACUGCGCAUUAACAGCCGUGAGAGACAGCGCAUGCACGAACUGAACGACGCUUUGGAGGCAUUACGAAGUGUGUUACCUCAAUCCCAGGGAUCGUCUCUAAAGAAACUCUCCAAAUUGUCUACCCUUGUACAUGCGCGGGAACACAUCCUAUCUUUAUCCCGUUCUAUUGAUGAAAUGAAACGGUUGGCUCAUUCACUGUCUAGGGAAAAGCAUCAUUUUCCUUCCAUUGAAAACCAAGAAAGCGGUGUACCCCAGUAUUACAAUCAUCCCAGUGAUUUUGCAUCUGUUGGAAGAAGAUACGCUCCGUACACAUCAACUCCGAUCAAAUCUGAAGGAUUACGGGAAAUGAGAUCGUCAGAGCUGAACAUCUUAUCACCAUACUUGAAAUAUCGCAAUUCUAGGCUGAAUGAAAGUAAAAUGGAAAUCAGCUUCAAAGAGAACGUCAAUGACUCUUUAGGUGUUGGAAGUACACAAUCAUACAGUUUGUCGCAGUACACCAUAGCACCACUCGAUACCUUGGCCAGAAAUCUCCCAGAAUUUCAAAUUCCGACGAAGUACCAGAAUUCCUCUCCAACAAAACCCGUUUUGAAGUUUUCUGUAGAAUCGUUACUGGGACUGUCUAACAAAAGUGAAAGUGAUUCUCCAUCGAAAAAUAUUGACAUUAUGUGCUAAUUAUUGUCGAGACCUGCUAUAAUGGUCUGGCCAAUGAAA